CUGAGCUUCCGCAGAAAGCGCUUUGAAUUCGCAGCUGUUAUAUUAUCCCCUCUUCUGCUCAGAGGCCGGUGACUUUCCUGGGUUCGAGGGGCUACAUCGGGACGGAAGAAAUAGCGGAGGCCGUAGCGGUUGGCCCAGGGUUCGGCUGUCGCCUUUAUUUCUGAAGGGGGAAUGAACGAUGGCAGUACGCCAUGUAUUAAAAGCCGUUUUGGUAGAUCUCAGUGGCACACUUCACAUUGAAGAUGCAGCUGUACCAGGCGCACAGAAGGCUCUUAAGAGGUUACGUGCUGCUCCUGUUACCAUUAGGUUUGUGACAAAUACAACCAAAGAGAGCAAGGAGGACUUGUUAGAGAGACUGAGAAGAUUGAAUUUUGACAUCUAUGAGCAUGAGAUAUUCACUUCUCUGACAGCAGCCAGAAACCUAGUGCGGGAGCAUCAAGUUAGGCCCAUGUUGCUGGUUGAUGACCGGGCACUAGCAGAAUUUCGUGGGAUAGCAGUAAAUGAUCCCAAUGCUGUGGUUGUAGGAUUGGCACCACACUGUUUUAAUUAUGAAGUUCUAAAUCAGGCAUUCCGGCUACUACUGAAUGGUGCUAUUUUUAUAGCAAUACACAAGGCCAGAUACUAUAAAAGGGAAGAUGGCCUUGCUCUGGGACCUGGACCAUUUGUGGCUGCUUUGGAGUAUGCGACGGACACCAAAGCCAUUGUGGUGGGGAAGCCAGAGGGAAAAUUUUUCUUGGAAGCAUUGCGUGGCCUUGAUUGUACACCAGAAGAAGCCGUUAUGAUUGGAGAUGACUGUAGAGAUGAUAUUGGUGGAGCUCAGAGUAUUGGCAUGCUAGGUAUCUUGGUGAAAACAGGGAAAUAUCGAAAGGACGACGAAGGGAAAAUUACUCCACCUCCUCACUUAGUCUGUGAUAAUUUCCCAGAAGCUGUGGAACACAUUUUACGUCUUUUACUAUAAGAGAGGAUGCCAACGUGAAAUGUAACAAUUUAUUUCCCAGAACACAUCUCUGUAAACUCUUUGGGUCAGAAUAUAUGGAAAUGGUCACAAUCUCAUUGUAAUCCUCCUUUGGUGUACAUUAAAUUAGAGGAAAAGGCAUUGAACUUCACUAAUCCCUCCAGUUUUACUUUGUAAACAUGUUAAGAAACAAAAUGCUGAAAUUUUGUGCCAUUCCUUUUAAAAUAUUCAUCAGGUUAGGCAGCCCUAGGAGAGAAAAUCUGCCACAGGGAAGAGUGGUUUUUUUUAACUUACUGUGGGAAGGGGCAGUAUUCAGAGUGUGAAUAAAGUUGAAUCGGUUUUUUAAAUUGUAAAGCAAUGCAUUGAAAGGUGCAUCCUCCUAUAGUUUUAGUAUUGAUUGCAGCUGUGAAAUCCAUCAGAUAUUUGAAGCAAAUGGAACAUGUAGGAAAUAAAAUGAAUUAUCCCCUAGACCAAGCAGUCAAGUGAAUUUGCUUUAACGAAUCAUGAAAACUAGAUUAUCUGCUGUAUUAUUCCCAUCACGGGUGACUUUUUUUUUCUCUUCAUUAGCCAGAAAUGACUAAUUUAAAUUUAGAGCCUGAUUUUAAUUUAAAAUAAUAUUACCAUUAAUAACCUAUUCAUUGCAGAUACCUAUUAUACUGUGUAACAGUUGUUUUGGAAAUUUUAUGUAAAAUUAAAACUAUCAGUAUUUUACAGAUGUUUUAAUUAGACAUUGUUAUUAACAGGAACAGUGCAGAAACUAAAAUCAAGCCUUUAAUGUCUUAUAGACCAUGCAUUUUUGAAGUUACUGUCCACCAGGGUCCUAUUAACUGUACAUUUGUAAGAUUUCAUUAUUUUUCCUUCUAACACUAUGGGAAAAAUCUUUUAGAAGCUACUGGGACAUAUUCAAGCUUUUAUGUACUUGGUUAGUACAGCUGUAAAAUGAAAUCUCCGUCAUUUAGCAUGGAUCAUUCUUCUCAUGUUAAAUCCACCAAAAUGAAGGGGCCUAGGUUGGUAAUGAUUUCCCUAGCACAUUUGCAUACUGUGAUAUUCCUGGUCCUUUGCAAUUGUUGUACAGGGAGGGCUCUUGGGCAUUAAAUUAUUAGAAUGUAAUUGU